CAGCCCACCAUCGUCAGUCAUUCCAGCAGCGAAAGGAUGGAUUUCGGUAAGAUAAUGGACGAUGCCGGCAAAGGCUUCGAUGAGUUUGCCACCAAUGCUGGAAAGAGUUUCGAAGAAGCGGGCAAGGGAAUGAACGAAUUCGGAGAGAACGUGCAGAAACAGGCAAAUGAAGCUGGCAAAGCGGCCGACGAGUUGGGAAAUAAUAUGUCUCACACAUUUUCUGAAGUUGUUGGAAACGCCUUGAAGCAGGCCGAACAGCUCGUUAUCAAGUUGACCAAGGAGGUCUCAGAAGACGCGAAAAGAGCUCUUGGCCUAGCGCAGGAUGCUGAACGAGAGCUUCCUAUGAUGGCCCUGAAAGUGUCAGACUGGGCAUCCAACAUCCUGCCCAAACUACUUGAGGCAGCCGGAGACCUUGGUGAGAGCAUCAAGGAGCAAGUCCAAAAGGCUCAAGACUGGGUUUCAGAGCACCCGGACGUCGUGAUGUAUAUCGUGCUCGGCGUGACGGGUAUCGUUAUCCUAGCGGUACCCGGUUUGCUUAUGACCCCGAUUUUGAGCGGCCUGGGCUUUGGUGCUUCAGGAAUCGCGGCAGGAUCUAUGGCAGCAGCAAUCCAAUCCGGCAUCGGAAGUGUCGCGGCCGGAAGUGCCUUUGCUGGCCUCACGAGCGCAGCCAUGGGUGGUCUUGAGGGCACAGCUAUUGCGGCUGUCGGUCAGGCUAUUGGAGCAGCUAUGGCGGCGGGUGGUGCUGCUGGUGCUGCUUCGAAGUUGAUGAACAAUGAGUAGAAGCCCAAACCUUGUCGACG